AUGCCAUCGGCUACCGAGUCAAAGAAAUCCAUUAUUGGACUUAGAAUAGGUCAAAGUUACUCUAGUAUUGCUAUAAUUAAUAAGGAUGGAAGAGCGGAUUGUAUAGCUAACGAAGACGGUGAGCGGCAAAUACCAACUCUGGUUGCAUUUGCAGGUGAAGAAGAGCUUGCAGGAACUCAAGCAAAAGCUCAAUUGCUAAGUAAUUCUAAAAAUACCAUUUCUCAAUUUCGUAAUUUUAUCGGAAAAAGCUUUACCGAAUGUAAUUCUUCUGCAAUAAAGGGAACUGCUCAAUUAGUUGACAAGGAUGGUGUAGCUGCAUAUUCUGUAGAAUUUAUGAAUAAGGAAUCAAUUUUUACUGUUCAAGAAAUCACUACAAAAUAUAUCACAAGUCUUCGUGAAAGUGCUGAAAAUUUUUUGGGUCAACCAGUCGCUGGUGUUGUUCUUGCAAUUCCUACUUACUUUACUGAUUCUCAACGUUUGGCCCUGAAAGAUGCAACUGAAAAAGCUGGAUUACGUGUUUUACAACUGAUUAAUGAACCUACAGCUGCUAUAUUGGCUUACGAGUCAAGCAUGAAACCUGAAGAAUAUAAUAACAACUUACAUAAUGAUAGAACCGCUUUAAUACUUGAUUUGGGUUCUGAUAGUCUUGAUGUUACGGUGAUGUCCAUCCGUUCAGGCAUGUUUACUAUAUUAGUUACCACCCAUGAUCCUGAUCUUGGCGGUGCCGCUUUCGAUGACCUUCUUGUGAAUCAUUUCGUAAAUGAAUUCAAACGUAAGACACAGAUUGACAUUUCACAAAAUAAACGUGCCUUGGUUAAAUUGAGAAAUGCUGUAGAAAUUACAAAAAAGACUUUAUCAAGUAGUUCAACUUCUCCAUGUUCGGUAGAAUCAUUAGCUGAUGGUAUAGAUUUCCAUGGAUCAAUUAAUAGAACUAGAUUUGAAAUCAUGUCAAAUAAACUUUUUACAAAGAUUUUAGAUGUUAUUUCUAAUGCUUUAAAAGAAAAUAAUUUAGAUACUCAAUUAAUUGAUGAGGCAAUCUUAGUAGGUGGUGCUUCUCGAAUUCCAAAACUUCAAUCAAAACUUCGUGAUACCUUUAAGAAUACGAUUACUGUUAUUCGUCAAGAUUUUGAACCUGAUGAAGUUGUGGCCUAUGGUUGUGCAUUUCAAGGCGAUUUAAUUUGUGCGUUGGAUGAUCAAAUGAUUGCUGAUAGCAUUGACACCUCGGUCACCCUUGUUCCUCAUCUAUCGAAACCUAUAGGCGUACUCAAUGCUGAGAAUGAAUUUGUGGUCAUGAUACCAGCAAACACUCCUCUUCCUGCUCGCCGUAUUUUUCAAUUCUCAAAUAUGAUUGAUGAUCAAAAAAAAUUUUAUGUUCCAAUAUGGGAAGGUGACAUUAUAGUUUCUAAGCCUUCUCCACCAACUGAUGAUAAUUUGGAUAUUGAUUCAAAUUUAGAUACUUCUUUACAAGAAAGACAUCUUAUUUCUCCUGCAAAAAUGUUAGCUGAGCUGGUGUUAACUGAUUUACCUGAAAAAAAGAUGAAUGAACUCAAAGUUGACAUUACUAUAGAAAUAGAUAUUAAUAAAAAAUGUAUUAUUUCAGCAAAAGAUCCGAUAUCUAAUAAAUCGGUUGAGCUAGAAAUUCAAUUUACACAGUAA